AUGGUGGAGAAUACCUCCAGUCCGGGCAAAGAGGGAAAAAGCUAUUUUCUUGAGUGGUUGAAGAGUUGUUCUUUGGAAAAAUAUUACCAAGCCUUUACAACGAUGGGUAUUAGUGAGAUAGGCCACCUUGAAGAUAUUCAGGAGGAAGAUGCCUUGGCACUACGAUUGUCACACAUCGAAUUUAGGCGACUGACUCGCAUGUAUGGAGAAUACAAACAACAGCAGGCGCGAAAGUCAUCCCUACAAGAGAAAGUUUCACCAACAGCCUUCAGACCAUCAAGCAGUUCAACUGUUGUAGCUUUGCCAAAGGGGAUGAAAGGCUUUUUUCAAACAAGAGAUGGCCUUGGAAACGUACUCGUAAGUACUAAUUCUUUGAAACGUCAGUUUAAAAAUCUGUACUAUGAAAAGCCUCUAAAUCCGGCCCAGAUGUUUUCAAAUUCGUUUGUACUGACAAUGGCUGCAGAACGCUUGAAAUACUCAAAUACAAUGAGGGAAUGUGAACUCUGGUGCAGGAAAGAGCGUGCAAAACGCAAUGAUCUUUUGAUUGCCUUUGCCAAGAGCCCAGUUAUUGAUCAGUGGACACCAUAUUACAAGAAACAAAGUGUUUAUGGCUUGCUACAAAUAAAUGAAUUGAAAUACCCGCAAAUUGUUGCACUAAAGAGCAGUUCAUCAGCACCACGACAUUCGCACUAUGAACAUCUUUGCAAGUUUGUUGAAGGUUGCGAGGAUGCCCUUGGAAUGGCAAAAGCGAAAAUGAUGAAGUGUAAACAAGAAAUGGAUGCUACCUUAAAGGAUGGCUCAACUGGAAAGCAGAUUAGGGAAGGUUAG